AUGUCGCUUCAGCAGACGGCGUACAGCGCAUGCUCACGCAAGGUGCACUGCGUGAGUAAACACUACCUGGACGAUCCAUUUGUCCACUUCUUCGCCAAGGACACAACGCUGGUCAACAGUCCCUUGAUGAACCGUGGAACAUGGCUCCGGACCGUUGCAAUAGAACGUGCACUGUUGUCGUUUGCCAAGAACCGGUCGAUGGAUGGUCCACUACAGGUGAUCAGCUUUGGCGCAGGCAUCGACACACUGUACUUUCGCUUGAAGAAAGAACACACGGAGGUUAAUAUCGGGCGUUACAUCGAACUUGACCUCCCGGACUUGGUGGCCGAAAAGAGAGGCGUCAUAGAGCGAGUCGGAGAAAUGAAACAACUUAUUGGCCCUGAGUAUGAGCUAGUUGCAUGUGACCUCCGGAAAACCGAUGAGUUGCGUGAAAUACUGAAAAAGGUAGUGUGCAGUGAUAUGCCCACUAUAUUAUUGGCGGAAAUGGUAUUUGUCUACCUAGAAGAAAGCACCACCACUGCCAUUCUUGAGCUGACACUUAACGAGCUGCUUAACAAAGAUGUGUGUGUGUUGUUUAUCUCCUAUGACGCUAUUCGCCCCAAUGAUCGUUUUGGGGAAGUGAUGGUGAAUUCCCUCGCGUCCAUGGGCGUUCCGCUGCUUGGCAUCAAAGCAUUACCUACGCCUGAGGCCCACGCGGAAAGAUGCAAGAAGGUAGGGCUAACAAGUGUUAUGGCAAAAUCUAUGAAGCAACUGUAUCUUUGCGUCCCACAGGAGACACAGCGGUGGCUUCAAAAACUUGAAAUGGUGGAUGACUGGGAUGAGUGGUGUAUUAUGCAUGACCACUACAGCUUUGUCCUGGCAACAAACAAGGCAGAGAGUUUGCCAGCGGUUUUCUAA